GCGGACGGGGGGGAGGAGGAAGAGGAGGAGGCGGCGUCCGCAGGCGGGAGGAGGAAGCCGAACUCCUCCUACUGCUCCGUUGCUGCCGCGUGGAUUGAUGGGAUUAGGGGAACACAUCCUUAAAUCUCUGCAUGCAGCAGGCUCUGUGCACCACAGAGGUUUCAUUUCUGCAGAGAUGUGGUCAAAAAAUCACGAAUGAAGUGGUUCUGCUUCUGCAGGAGUUGUUUUGAGUACGGUCAAGCAGAGAUUAGCCCAGCCACCGGCGGUGAAGGCGGAUCCACCCUCCCCAUGGCGUUUGCACCUCCCAAAAACCCGGAUGGCUCCAAGCUCCGGCUCCGGCUGAGCUCGUGGACUCCCCUGAACCACCAGCUCAUGAACGACAAGGUAUUUGAAGAAAGAAGAUCCCUGCUUGGAAAAUGGUUUGACAAGUGGACAGAUGGCCAGAGGAGGAGGAUCCUGGUGGACCUGCUGGAACGCUGCUCCCUGUCCCAGCAGAAAUUCUGUGCCAAGCAGCUCCAGGCCCGAGUCCCCACCGAGGCCGUCGAUUUUACCACGAGGCUCCCUCGAGUCCUGUCCUUGUACAUAUUUUCCUUCCUGGACCCACGGAGCCUCUGUCGAUGUGCACAGGUGAGCUGGCACUGGAAGUACCUGUCGGAGCUGGACCAGCUGUGGAUGCUCAAGUGCCUGCGUUUCGGGUGGUUCCUCAACUUCUGCCCCACGCCCUUCGAGCAGGGCGUCUGGAAAAAACACUACAUCGAGAUGGUGAGGGAGCUGCGCCUCUCCAGGCCCAAGACUCCUUCCAAGGACGAGUUCAUCGUUAUCGACGUGCAGCCAGUGAAAAGCAACGUCCCAGAGAGGAAACCUUCUGUGGCAGGACUGGGGACAACCAGGGGGAAAAAAGAGCUCCCUCCUUGGCGUUCAUCCGACAGGAACCCCACGGACACCAUCCGCUACAACUACCUGGACAACUACGACCCCAUCGAGCAGGCCAGGCAGGCGAGGAGGAAGGGAGGAGGGCACACCCCGGACCUGAGCAGGCAGGCGGCCGAGAGGAAGAAGAGAGGAGGUCGUGGAUCCACUCAGCUCCGGAAGCAAAUCCUUAGAAGAAGAAUAGCCUGGGAUGAAAGAAUAAAUGCCCAAGGCGAGCAAACACCGAGUCAAAUUAAAAUGAAGCCCUCAAAUAGAUCAAUGAUCCAAGUGCAGAGUGCAGUUAUCCCUCUCUGCAGAUCCAGAGCCCGUCCCAAAGCCACCAGUCCGUCCCAGCUGGGCCAGACCUCACCAAAGCGGGGCCCUGCCCCCCAAGGCGCUGGCCCAGAGCUCCCGCUGGAACGCCGGGAUCCGCCCGGGACCCGUCCGAGCGCCAAAACCACGGCACAGAGGAGCUGGAGGUGCCACCAGGGUGGACAGCAGGUCCCCGUCACCUCCUCUGUUUGAGGCUCAGCCCUGGCACGUUCCUUCAUCCAACCAAGGAUCCGACACGGAAUAAGGGAAGAUCCACAGCAUCCUUCAUGCAAAAAGAACAGAAAUUUACCCCCCUGGCACUGAGGAAAGGACAGGAAAGUUCCUGCUGGCUUUGGGAUCUGAACCUCUUUUCCUGUAGCUGGUGCUACUUUCCCUUUCCCUUCUGGGUACACUGGGAAUUUCUGGAACUUUGACCAUGGAGAGCUUCCUUAGAUCCUUGCCAGAGCUGCUGGAUCUCAUGUGGAUCAUUUGGACAUCCUGGGGCACAUCCCAUGGAAAACCUGGAGACAGAAUUCCUUUCUCACAUUAAAGCAAUUCCACCUUUUCCGUCGUGAUAGCAAGAAGGAAAUCAAAUCCAACACUCUGGAUUUGCACGUGGAUCCAAGAGGAGCUGGAAUUUAAGAGAUUGGGAAUCCCGUGCUCGCUCUCUCUCUCUCACUGGUCUUUUCUGCAAUUUGGGGAAUUCCCAGAAAAUGCAACAAAGAGGAGUUUUUGAGGCUAAGGGGAUUGAAAGCACGGUGACUUGAAUUCACCCCAGAGAUCUGGGACGAAACUAAACCCUUCCACACAUCGGGAAAAAUCACGGCAAGCACACGAAUCCUCAGCAUUUAUGGACAAAAAUCACAUUUAGGAGGAAAUUCCACCUACCAAUCACAGAGUCACAGAGCUAUUAAGGAUGGAAAAGAUCUUUUAGAUCCCCAAAUCCAUGCCCAUCUUCCUUAAACCAUGUCCACAGGUGCCACAUCCGCAGGUUUUCAGGACACUCCCAGGAAUGGGGAUUCCAUUCAGUGGGAUGAAGAUUCCAUUCUUUCCGUGAAGAAAUUGCUCCUAAUAUCCAACCUAAUCCUCCCCCGGUGCAACUCAAGGACGUUUCAAUGUGGAUUAGGAGGAAACUUCUGCUCUGUGAGCAGAUUAAUCUGUGUCACUUCAGGGUUUCACAGAUUUUGGGAACACCACGGCGUUCCACGGACUGAGAGCAUCCAAAUCAUUGAUUUGAGAGCAUCCAAAUCAUUGAUUUUACAACUCAGUUCCCCCUCCCAGACUUUGGGGUUUUUCUUCUGGUUUUCCUGGGUGCUUGGAAGGAUGAGUUCAUCCCAACCAACACAAAGGCCUAAAACCCAACAAAUCCCAGCUGCCACCUCCCAAAGAAUCAGCCAGGAACUUGCAGCUGGGAAUUAUCUCCUGUAUCUUCAGAUCUGUUAAUUAUGCAGGAAGGCAGACUGAUGGAUUUUGAUGAAGAAAGUGAAAUUUUGAGAAUUUAAAGUGAGGUGGAACAAACCAAAGCAUUCACCAGCAGCAUUCCCUGGAAUUGCAAAUCUCUCCUCACCAGCCUUUUUUUUUAACAUAGGAAACCAAAUUAAAGCAAUUGCUCCAUGGGUGCUUCAUUGGCUUCCUAAAUCCAAGCUCUUUUUUUGGUUUUUUUUGUUUCUAUUAGGCAGCAAUUGAGGGUCAGAUCCACAUUCCAAAAAUGGAAAUUAUGUCAGUGGUUUAUCUUUUCCCAUUGAUGUUCCCUGGAAUUGUACAGUUCCCAGGAUCUGAGUGGUCUCGGGCAGGCUCUGUGCCUUUACUGAAUCUUAAGUGCUCACUGCACAUUUUAAAACUUAAACUUUCUCUGAUUUAUAUGUUUUUCGGUAUUUAUUUUUGUAUUUUAUUAAAAAAAAAAAGUUAUUAAGAGAAGGUUUAAGCUUUAAAAUGAUGCUGUAAAAUAACAAACAGAACUGUCCAGGAGCGUGUUGAGCCAAAUCAAUUAUCCUUGGAAUACCAGCAGACCUACAGAAGUUAAUCAGAAUAAAAUCAGAUGUACUUAUGCUGUCUGUAAACAGAAUUUACAUCAUUCCUGAGGUCAGGAAAUGGGCUGG